UUCCGUCUCAAGGCGCCAGAACCCGGGGGGGUUUAGCGGGGCCGGGGUAGCUCUGGACUCCAGUCGGGAUCGGCGGGUCUGGGCCGGCGGGCGCUCCGUGCGGCGGCCAGAGGUAGCCUUGGCAGAGCCAGGCACGGCUUGUUCCCGAGCCCCCGCCCCGUGUGGGGGGCGCCGCGCUCGCCCUCGUCCGCCCAUGGUCAAGUUCGAGGCGCCCCCCCAGCCCGGGAGCAGCCUGGCUUCCCGCGCCCCGGCGGCUCCGGCAAGGCAAGAGGAAACCUCCUUGGGAAGGAGGGCGAUGGAAGUCAACUGUUUAACACUACAAGAUCUGAUCUGCCCCAGGCAGCCCAGGCUAGAAUUUGUGAUUGAAGAUGGAGAAAAUGCACAAAAGGAAAACAUAUUUGUUGAUCGAUCCAGGUUGGCCCCCAAAACGCCAAUGAAAAAUGAACCGAUUGAUUUAUCGAAGCAAAAAACCUACACUCCCGAAAGAAACCCAAUUACCCCAGUGAAGCUUGCCGACAGGCCUCAGGCAGAGCCCUGGACCCCAACCGCUAACCUGAAGAUGCUCAUCAGUGCGGCUAGUCCUGACAUGAGGGACCGGGAAAAGAAGAAGGAGCUGUUCAGACCAAUCGAAAACAAGGAUGAUGCUUUCUCAGACUCCUUACAGUUUGACGCUGUUGGAUGUGGCACUGUGGAUGAAUUUGACAAGCAGCGGCCAAGCAGAAAGCAGAAGAGUUUAGGACUCCUGUGCCAAAAAUUUCUGGCUCGCUAUCCAAGUUACCCCUUGUCCACUGAGAAAACAACAAUAUCCCUGGAUGAAGUGGCCGCCAGUCUGGGUGUCGAACGAAGACGCAUCUAUGACAUCGUGAAUGUUUUGGAGUCCCUGCACAUGGUUAGCCGAGUGGCCAAAAAUCAGUAUGGCUGGCAUGGACGGCAUGGCCUCCAGAAAACCUUAAAGAACCUCCAGAGACUAGGAGAGGAACAGAAGUAUGAGGAGCAGAUGGCCUAUUUUCACCAAAAGGAACUCAACCUGGUGGAGCCUAAAUUUGGAGAACGUAAAAGGGAAGGUUUCCUAGAUUCCCAAGACCAGCCAUUAUUGGAUUUCUCCGAGCCUGACUGUACGUCUGCAUCUGCCAACAGCAGGAAGGACAAGUCGUUGCGGAUCAUGAGCCAGAAGUUUGUCAUGCUCUUCCUUGUUUCAAAAACGAAGAUAGUCACCCUAGAUGUGGCAGCCAAGAUACUGAUCGAGGAGAGCCAGGACGCAGCUGAUCACAGCAAGUUCAAAACAAAGGUACGGAGGCUCUAUGACAUUGCCAACGUUCUGACCAGCCUGGUGCUAAUUAAGAAAGUCCACGUGACAGAAGAGCGAGGUCGGAAGCCGGCGUUCAAGUGGAUUGGUCCUGUGGAUUUCAGCACAGAAACUGGGGAACAGCUGGAGGUUUCGGCGGCGGCUCUACCAGAAAUGAAAGAGGAGCAGUGCUCCCCUGGCCAGCCGUGUGGGAAGCAGAGACUCUCCCGCCACAGCUCCUUGAGCACGAUUGCCCCCUCAGAAAGGAACAAGAGGAAAGCGAGCUCAGAGCCCAGCAGCCCUCGCCGAGGAGAGCAAGGUUCUGAUGAAUAUUGCUCCAAAAUAGUCAACCUGGCAGCCGCCUGCAGGCAGAAAAUACAUAAAGAUUCGCAGAGUAAGGGAAGCACCAGUAAAAAGGCGGCCCACUCGUCAGGCAAGCUGGAGCCUGUUCCUCCUCUGGACUCAGAAUAUUGCUUUCAUCCGUUAUCCCAGCAAGUGUUUUCAGUCGCCUCGGCAGACCUGUCCCCUGCCGGCCUGCAGAACGGCCUCGACGGCCCCGUCGCUCUCCUCCCCAGGCCCGCGUCCCCCGAGCCAGAGAACCUGAAGUCCGCCGUGUUUCACAGCCAGCCUCUGGUCUACGUUCCCUCUGCUUCUCUCUUCAUGCUGUAUGGCAGCCUCCAGGAAGGGCCCCCCAACCCAGAAAAGGGCCGCGAGACCCCCGAGGUGGCGGCAACGGCCGCCUACCCCCCAGAACUGUCCGCUCUGCCCCUGGUGAGCGCUCACAAGCGCAGGCCUCCGCGAGCUCAGGAACCGGCUGCCAAGAGGCAGAGCCCGGAGGGCGAGGAGAGCCCGCUGUCCCUGGUGCUGCCCAAGAGAGUCCCAGAGCCCCCUGGCGCCGACUCUCCCCGGAGGGCUGCUGGGGCAGAAGUGACGCUUGCGGAAGAGGCGCCGAGAAAGACACCCCUCCGGGGCCUGGUCACCCCGGAAAGGGGCCCCCCUCUGAGAAACGCAAACGCCGAAAAGCCUUCAAAAGAAAGAGAAAACGUCUCGGAAGAAAACGCCAAAGACCCGUCUCAGUCCCAGUAUCUUUAUGUGCAGUCUGCGCCCGGAUUAAAUGGUUUUAAUUUCCUGCUGCCUGCCCACCAGGCUGCCAGUGCUGUUGGACCAUCUCCAAGUCAGUUGACUUCUGUCCAUGUUCCGUGCAUGGUCGUGCCGUCCACAGCGCUGGCCACGAUGCCCUUUAUCUAUUCUCCGGCAAUCAACAGCCCAGGGCCUUCCUCGAGCCCGGUGAAUUUUGGCCUGUCGGGCCUCCGAUCAUCCGCUCAGUUUCUUAUGGGCACCAGCGUGGUUAAUCCAAAGACAUCAAAAGCCCCCUCCUCAGACCCACAGAAUCCAGCGCAGUCUCCGGUUCACCUCAGCCCCGGCGUGUCCAGGUCCCAGAAUACAGUAACGCCCGAUUCCCCCAUCUGCAUGGGUCACCCAGUCACAAUUAUGAAAUUACCCCAGUCGCCGGGCCCCGUGACCCCCAAGAGCAUCCGGCCGCCGUACUACGAGACCUUCUUCAAAACUCCCGGCAGCCUGGGAGAGCCCGUGACUUGGAGAAAGAUCGCAGGGAGUCAGAGGAGUCUGAGCUCCGCCCAGAGGAGACUCCAGAUACCCAGUGGCAGCACCGACUGACCGCCGCUGGGCCGAGUCAGACGCAGAGACCCGGCGGGGAUCUCAGGCCUCGUGAGGGGGGCUCGCUAGUCCCUCGGGGACCGACACUCCCAGAGAGCCUAAGAAUAGCCGUCCCCGUCCGGGCCUUCUGCCCGCCAGUCCCGCUAAGCCUCCCUCCUCCAAUCGUCCGUUUUCCCGAGCCGUCUCGUUCUUAGCUGCUCCCUUAACAGCCGUCGGGUUUCAAACCCUGCGCGGCGGAGCCCCCAGAGCUUUGGCUCAGCGCUGCCGUCUCAUCGUCUUCUUGCCCGUAAGCAGCCCGCCGAGGCCAGCAGCCUCGGGCCGGAAAGGUGAGCCGUCUAGCACUUAACUAGGUUCUCGCUCCUUCCCUUGACCUAGACUCGACUUGCCCUGAGUAAAUCUGUGGUACAACCAAUUCCUUUCUGCAGUUAAAAGCGCAACUGCUCUACCGUCUCUGUCGGCCGGAGACCGCGUCAUCGACACGUCUAUUUAUUUAUUUUGUUCUUGAAAUGGGACUUGGUGGGAAGGGAAACGUUUACAGCUACAGGAAAAGACACCGAUUUCUCAGGGGGUGACUACUUGAAUGUGAAUCCCAUUCUCUGUGAUUUGCCCUGGACUUAAAAAUCCUCCUCACCCACGGAGGCAUGUAUGCGCGCCACCAGAACGAGACCAGAACGACUGUGAAGAGCGGCGAGCCGGUACGAGGACAUCCAUGAAUUGUCCUCGCCGCAUUGAUGCAGGUUAGAAACGAGGCGCGCCAGGAGGGCGACGCGCGUGCCCGCCUCUCCAGGGGAGCGUCCGGCCCCGCAGUCCAGCUCCUCCUCCUCCCACCGUCCCCCCCGCGCCACACUCUCCUUCACUAUGUGAAAUGGAGGGAAAUGAAUUGGGUGCACAUUCCUCCUAGCACUUUGCUCAGGUCAGAGGAGAAGGGGAGAGGCUCUCCCUGAGCAGCGGGGUCUGCGGGGACACCCCCAAGAAUGAGGAGCUCGAUUCCCCUAGGAAAACCCAGCGUUCUCUCCUCGGACCUACGGCUGUAUCCCUGCAGGAGGUCAGGGAGGAGGGGGCCCAUCACAGCAUCUGCGAGCGGCUCAAAGGCAGGCUGAUACUCGAGGAAAUGAGAAUGGUUCAUCUCUAGGGGUUGGGCGUGGUGUCUCCGACAGCAGCCCCAGUGCCUUCUACUGUAGCCCUCUGCUCCGCCACAGGGCGCACUUGUCACGAGGGCAAGGCCCCGGGAUGUGCCGGUAUUUAUCUGCCUCAGGGCAGAGUUCUCCUUUCUCCCCUCCUGUCUAGAUGUAGAGUCCCCUCAUUUGAUCCCAAUUAAACAUUAUCCCCCCCAAAAUGAAUUUAAAUAUUAAUUUAAAUGACUCUGGGAGUCCGAUUAGCUUUUUUUUAACCAAUCCAAUUCAACGAGCAUUUCGGGAGCACCUGCCCCGUGCCAGGCACUGUGCUGGGUGCUGGAGAUACAGAGACCAAAAUCAAAUAGUCUUUGUUGUCCUCAAGGGACGCCCAUUCUACUCAGUGAAACAGGAAAGACACGAUCUCGUACAGCCCUCGAGGUAGGCGGCUUCAUUAAGUAAAUAUGCCCGUUUUCUAUUUAAAGUUUUAGACACUACACUUCUGAAGUUUACAUGAUUCUUUUCCUUUUUGUAUCUUACUCUUCUGAACCUCUUAGAAGCUAAACAAAUAACUAGAAAGUAACUUUAUUGGUAUGUGAAAAAUGAGAUGAACUAUUGGAGGCCAACAGUUAAUGCCGAGUGAUUUUGAGAGAGCUGUGUGGUGGGCUUGGGAACCAGGGAACUGGGUUCGAGUUCAGCUUCUGGCACAGUGACUGGGACCCCCUGGGCCGACCCCUUCAUUCUGAGCCGCAGGGGUAGUCAGCCUAGCUUGGCCUCAUGAGGGAGCUCCCUCGAUGAACUCACAGGAACGGCGCGACGAUUAGGCAGCUGAUGCGAUGGACAGCCUAGUGAUCUGUACGGGCUACACGUGUUUUUAUUCUAGGCCAACUGUAAGGAUUCUUUCCUAACAUUUCCGCUGAGACGGCCUCUCUUCUAGGGGAAGCUGUCUGUCUCCUCUCUCCUUCCCCCAGCUUCCCCUCCACUGAAAACUCAGCCCUGGGUAGCGUUUCUUCCUUCCCUUCCUAUCUCAUUUGGACUCUUUCCUGCACCGUGCGCCUAACCACCAGGGAGACAGCUUGUGACGAGGACCAUCUUGGGGGAUCCCAGGAAGUUCCUGUCCCACGUCUGGCAGUUCUACAGGGCCGCCGAUGGGCUGCCCGGACCACGUCCCUCCGUACGACCCGGAACGCCGUUCCCAGAGGGUCCGACGUCCACUUGGAAGCGUGCGGCCUCGCUGAAGGAGACAGCAGCGGUCGCUUCUCUCGGCCACCGCAAUUCCAGCAGAGCCCUUUCCGUGCCGAGCUGCUGCUGAAUGCCACUCCAGGGGGGUCUUUUGUUUUUUUAGUAGUGAAGAAGCAAUGGCAAUCUAUAAUGUAAAAUGUUCACCAGAAGAAAAAGAAAUGUCCGCCACGCCGCUCGGACGAUGCCGCCUUUGCAUUUGCGCUGAGGAAGGUGCCCGCACGGCCCAGCGUUUGUGAAGCCCUCGCGCCCCGUCUGGCCUAAGUGUUGGGGACAUAAUGAAUAUACUUGAAUCUACCGCCAAGUUUACAUUUCUCGAUUUCUUUUUUAAGGUGCUGUUUCUAUAUUUAAAAGAGCUGUAUUUUUUCUCCAUGUAAAGCUGCUUGCUGUUUAUAUUAUUGCACUGCUAGUUUUCUGUACUUAUUAAUUUUAUUGCUGCUUGUAGCUUUCUGCCUAUCGUUCCUCCCUUCCUUCUCCUUAGCUCUCUUCUCUAUAGCCAUCUGCAUAGAACUAUUUACUACAAGCGCACUGAUUUCUUUCUUCUAGAAAAAUACUCAAUUUUGUGAGAUAGCAAUAAAGAAAUUUGAAAGCAA